AUGGAAUCAAAGGAAACUUUACCAAUCAACAACAAUAAGCCAGUUGUUAAAAUAUCAACAUUUAAAACCAAGGCUGCCUUGGCUCAAAUGUUAAAAGGUGGUGUUAUUAUGGAUGUAGUAACCCCGGAACAAGCUAGAAUAGCUGAAGAAGCAGGUGCUGUUGCAGUAAUGGCAUUAGAGAAAAUACCAGCAGAUAUUAGACAUUUUGGAGGAGUAGCAAGAAUGUCAGAUCCAACAAUGAUCAAGGGUAUUAUGGAAGCUGUUAGUAUUCCUGUGAUGGCCAAGGUUAGAAUUGGACAUUUUGUAGAGGCACAGAUCAUCCAGGCCAUUGGUAUUGACUAUAUUGACGAGAGUGAAGUGUUGACCAUUGCCGACGAAGAAAAUCAUAUAAACAAGAACAAGUUUGAAGUACCAUUUGUUUGUGGAUGCAGAAAUUUGGGAGAGGCAUUGCGUAGAAUCUCAGAGGGUGCUGCCAUGAUUAGAACCAAGGGAGAGGCUGGAACAGGAAACAUUGUCGAGGCAGUACGUCAUGCUCGAGCAGUCAACAAGGAGAUUAAAAAGUUGGUGAUGAUGGACGACGAUGAAUUAUUCACCUAUGCCAAGGAGAUCCAAGCACCCAUCGAGUUGGUCAGAGAAGUUAAGGCUCUUGGUCGUUUGCCAGUUGUCAACUUUGCUGCUGGUGGUGUUGCUACCCCAGCCGACGCAGCUCUCAUGAUGCAACUUGGAAUGGACGGUGUGUUUGUAGGAUCAGGUAUUUUCAAAAGUGGUGAUCCAAUCAAAAGAGCCAAAGCCAUUGUUCAAGCAGUAACCCAUUACAAUGAUCCUAAAAAAAUUGCUGAAUGUAUGUAA